AACUGCGGCGGUUUUACCAUUUUUGGAUGGGUCGUCGAAUAAAAGCAAAAAGCAAACCUGAAGAACGGGAUGAAAAAGAACACGUUUUUUGAAAAAAGCGGGGACUUUGGCGCGGGAGUGGUACCCCUGAUAAGUGACAACCGAACAAUAUAAACAUAACCUACAAAAUACAAAAUAAUUUGGGCGAUGGACGUGGAUUUGCUGCGACCGGGGACCGUCCCCAUAGCCCCUGAUACGAUCCUGUGGUUCGAGUUCCUCCUCCACCAAGACCUCCUUCUAAGCCACCUGCAGAAGCCCUCACCAGAUCCCAGCCCCACGGAGCUCAUUUCGAAAUUCUCGGAUGCCAUUUCCGACACCUUGCGAAACCGGUUGGAGGCCGACAAUGGUGAAGUAAUCGUAGUGGAGUCCAUGCAAGACAACAUGAAACACCCCGCGAAAAACAUAGCCCUGAAAAUCCUGUCGUUGAAAGUGGCAGCUUUCAUCAAGUGGAACUUGGCCCACAUCAGAUCACUACCUUUCAAGACCCAGAUCCACCUCUUGCAAGACUUGCUAUACUUUGCAAAUAAUAAAACGGUGGCUGAAAUACCAAACAUCGGCGACAUAGAAGACCACGAGAAUGUUCCUCCUCCAUAUUUGUUCGCUCUAGUUGUGUACCAUCGGUGGCUGCUCAACGUCACGAUGCACAGAAUCACGUCAAACUGGCAAAUGCGCAUGGGAAAUACAGAAAUUUCUCCAGCGGAAGAAAACAUAAUCUGCUCGCACGAAAACGUCAAAAAAACCGUAGACUUCCUAACUAAUUCGCUAACGUGGACUGAAAUCCCCAGCAUGCUGACUUUUGACUGUUUCAAACUACCAACAGAAACCAACGACUUGGAAUUCGAGUGGUCCUCAUCUCAAAUUAUUUCUAAAGAAGAAUUCUCAGCGCAAGUCAAUUACGACUUAGGGACUUUCUUUUUCUACAAAGAAGACUACAAUUUGGCUAGGGACCACUUCCAGAAGUGUUUGAGUAGCUAUAAAAGCAUACACGAAAGUAACGGUUUCGUUACUUUGAAUAUACACGUGCUAGAAGUGUACGUUAGGGCUUGCAACGGAUCCACAGACGGCCCCAAAGGCAACUUAUUAGAACAGUUGAACUUGUCAAUUGUCAACCAGUACAUGGGCAUCACCACAAUCCUGCAACAAGACAACAUUUACCGCGAAAUUCCCCUAGCACACCGCAUCAGUUUAGAACUAAACAUCCAGGGCGCUCUCUCCAGCGGCACUUUCACCGUCGCCAAAGACUUGUUGUACAAAAUCCGGGCCCUAAACCUCGUCAGAUGCAUCCUAGACCAAAAAUCGACGUACCACAGCUCGGCGACGUCCGUCAAAAACACGGAAAUUUUAGUAUGGGCGUUUGACGUUUCAUACAAGUCACUAAACGACGCAGACCGCAAACUUUUGAAAAAAUAUUUGCUGGAUUUGGCGCUGAAGCGCCAAAUCGGGGACCUCCUUCCGUGUAUACAAACCAGCGACACGCUUUCAAAAAUGUUUGACAAGAGCGACCUUCAAUAUAUUAAAAAUUCCGACUUGGAAAUACAAAUACCGGAAUCUUUGCACAGAACGAGCUGGACUUUGUACGAUUGUACAAAAAAACGUAAACCCAAACUGGAAAUCAAACAACUGGAACAAGACUUAAUCGCAACGUACGACCAUAAAGAAAUCCGGGACUUGUUGAAAAAAAUUACCACUAAUCAGUUCGCUACGAGCGUGUGGAACAUCAACCCUCAGUGGGACUUGCCGAUUCCGAUACAGUCGGUUUUAAAAAAUUUACCCAGAGGUUUUCUGCAGGAUUUCGCGUUUGUAAUGUUGGCUAAAGCCAGGGAGCAAAUGUUCAACAAAGUGUGGAACUCGUCGCUAGAAUUGAUGCUUAUUUUGGACAAAGAACUGGGGUCUGGUAAUGGUAACGUUGGUAAGUUGUCCAGACUGAUCAGUUGGGAGAUUUUGUUGGUUCAAAUCACCCAGUUGUUGGAGGAGUGGCCAAAAAGCACCAUCGACAAGAUGGCGCUCGCAAAUGCUUGUGAAGUUUGCCUACAAACCAACAACGAGUCAGUAUUACCUAGAACCGAAAUAACUGAACAGUGCGUACUAUGUUUACUAAACUUAGGCAGGUGGGAAUUUUUAGUAAAUUUCGAUAAAAGGUGGCAGUCGUUUGAAAUAACCUCCGCCAUAGCUUUAGCUUGUCAGGAGUUGGUUAAACACAAAGGCAACAAAAAAUUGUCGAAAAACCUCUGGGAAAUCGUGUUGCCAAUAUUCAGUCUGCCGCCACCACAGUCGAAACGUGGCAACUCUGGUAACUCAGUUUUCCACGACGCCCACGUCCAAAUAACCAACCUAAAAAAUAGCAUAAUGGCCAUAUUUUCAAAACUGAGGGAUUCAACGGUGCUCACUGUCGUUAUUUCGAUGUUGGCACGACUGCACAACAUUCUUAAAGACGAAACUAGCUUGGAGGUGCAAGUCGACUACGUCAUGUUGUGGCCUGCUGUCAUUAGCAACGCAAAUUCGUACAGCAUGAAGAUAGCUUACGACAUUUUGUCCCAAAUGGUGACCCAAGCUCUACAGUAUUACCCCACCAACAUUCCAUGGUUACGACUGAUGGGUGACAUAAAUUUCGCAAAUGGCCACUAUAACGUCUCGCUAAAUUAUUAUCUGAAGUCGUUGUUGAUCUACAAUGACUAUUUUAACAUUCCUGUACGUCACGACGAUCACGUGUUUAGGAGGAUGAUCAAGUGUUGCGUGGCUCUGGGGUGCAAUACUCAAGCUGCGGUCUUGUGUCAAUUUUUAGAAGAACCUGACUACGUUUUGGCUUUUAGGAUUCUUGGAGAACAAAAGUAUUGUAAUGAUGCUGUGGAUGCAUAUUAUCACUGCAUUUGGGAUACUAAUAUCCUAGAGUAUCUUAUACACAUUCACAACAAAAGGGGGGAGUAUCAGAGACGGAAGUGUUCAACGCAGGUGAUUGGUUCGUUGGAACUCAACUCGAAUAACAAUGAAGAGAUACAAAGAGAAGCGACAAACUUACGCAAGAGUACGUUUUUGAGAGCUAUGUGUAAGCAAUACGUGUUUUAACUCUCAACUCCGUAUAUUAUCUAAGUUCUACAAAAUGUAAAAAUAAUAUCUAAAGAAAAUAAACAAUGACUUAAAA